GGAACCGCUUCUUCAUGGACUCGGGACUGCGGGCCGAGCAGGGCUGCAUCCUCCGGGUCCGGAGUCCCAGCUGCAGCUAGAGAGCCCCACUUCCCCAUAGAAUCUGGCCUCACCGGUCUCCCCCUCCCCCACCCAGGCCAGGCCUUUCUCAUUUUGUCCAUCACAGAGGUGCUGGAAGAGCCAAGGAGAAUUGGGCCAUCUUUUGUUUCCGUCUCCCGGGUGCCCCCCGCCAUGUCCUUUCCCGCCGGCACACUGAGCAGGGUCCCUGUGGCCUGGAGAGCCCCACUCCCACUGCUGCUGCUGCUGCUGCCAUUCCCAGGCUCGUGGGCACUCCCAGGGGCUCAGCACCUCCAAAGCGUGGCAGGGCAGACCCUCUCCGUGAGGUGCCAGUACCCGCCCAAGAGCUGGCCCUACGAGAAGAAAGGCUGGUGUAAGGAGGUGUCUCCACUCAAGUGCAUGAGGCUGGUCACUAGCUCCAGUCCCCACACACUGGUUCAGGCCUCUCGGUUCUCAAUCUGGGACAACCCGGAUGAAGGCUUCUUCAUCGUCACCAUGACUGGUCUGAGGGAGGAAGACUCGGGACACUACUGGUGUCGAAACUACCACGCUUCCAGCCACUCUGUCUCCAAGUCCUUAAAGUUCUAUCUGGCUGUGUCUCCAGCCUCCAUUGCUUCUCCAGAGAGAACCUCCCCCAGGUCUCCACCUCGGGCUCUGAGCACAGCCUCUGCCUCCAUGCAGGCCACCUGGGCUCCCCACGACCUGGUCUCUCAGACUGAGAGCUGUGUGUCCUCCAAGGGAGCAGCCAGAGAGGCCCCCAGGGCUUCUACCACCAUCACGGCCCUUUCACUGCAACAAAACUCCACCCUCUGGUCCAGCCCUGCAGCCUCCAGGGCCCUGGUCCCCGUGCUCUGUGGGUUACUUGUGGCCAAGAGCCUGGUGCUGUCAGCCCUACUUGUCCAAUUGCUCUGGGGGAGUCUGGAAUUUGGGAACAUCUUGACUGGGUGCUCCUGGUUCAGAAGCUCUCAUGUGGCUGCAGUCAGGAUGUCAGCAAGCGCUCCAGUCAUCUGACGAUGCGUGAAGGACCACUUCCAAGGUGGCCCACCCACAUGGCAGCUGAAACAAGAACUCAGCUCCUUGCCAUGACCCGGGAGCUCAUUUCCCUGGAGGGACUGAUCCAAGAGAGAGUGAAGAGGAAGCCACAGUGUCUUUUUAAACCUAGUCUCUGAGGUCACAUACCAUUCCUUCUGCCAUAUUCUGUUCAUUAAAAGCUGGCCACUGGGCCCAGCCCACCCUCAAAGGGAGGGGGAUUAGGCUCCGUCUGCUGGAGGAAGGCAUAUCAGUGAACUCACGGCUCUGCUCUAAAGCUACCACAGUACACACUCCGGCCACAGAUUAGUUUCAUUUCUCCCACAUGCAAAAUAUGCUCGUCCUCUUGAAAGGUCUCCAAAAGUUUCAUCCCAUUACGGCAUCUGUGUGAAGUCCAGGAAAUGGUCCUCUGAGUCCGGCCCAGGUGCGGACGAGGCUGCCGGGUUUUGGGCUGGAUUUACAGCUCCUCAAGCCCCGUUCGCAGUGUGGCGACCGUGAGCUAGAGAGACCAGUUAUCAGACACACACCCAAGAGACAACAGUGCUACAGGCGUGGGAUGAGCACGUAGACGUUCCUGGUCAAAAAAGCGGGGAGCAGGAUGCAAAGGGAGUCAGGGAUCCAUAGGAAACCUAAACUUCAGCUGGGCAAAUGCUGGAAAUCCCUGGGUUAGGACUCUGCCCUACUCCUACCUGGGAGUGACUUCCCACGGCCCGAGGCCCCCUCUCUGGGCUCUUGAUUCUGCCCCAGUCCUCCUCUGCCUGCCCAGGUUCACACCCUCAUAGUUUUCUCAGCCUGCUGCCCGUCCCUCUUCGGGGGAUACCAAGUCCUUUCUAAACUGUAUAUGCCCUCAUUCCUUUCAGGCCAAGCUGGCAGGGUUUUGUGAAUGUCAUUCUCUAAAAAAAAAAAAAAAAAAAAAAAAAAAAGUGUGGGUCUCCUGUGAAUCUUACUGGGAUUCAUUCAAUUAGACAAAAGCCGCACCCACAAAUCUCUUCAAGAUAAGCUCUCUUCUGUACCUUGGGCUUCUGCUGCUAAAACCGAGUAUCUUUUUUUUCCCUCUCUUUCUCUUUUUUUAAUUGAUGUGUAGUUGAUGUAUAAUAUUAUAUGUUACAGGUGUACAAUAUAGUGAUUCACAAUUCUUAAAGGUUAUACUCCACUUAUAGUUAUUAUAAAAUAUUCGCUAUAUCCCGUGUUGUACAAUAUAUUCCUGUAGCUAAUUUUAUACAUAAUAGUUUGUACCUCUUAAUCCCUUACCCCUAUAUUGCCCCUCCCCCUUCCCUCUCCCCACUAGUAACCACUCAUUUGCCCUCUGUAUCUGUGAGUCUGUUUCUUUUUUGUUAUAUUCACUAAAUUGUUGUAUUUUUCAGAUUCCACACAUAAAUGGUAUCAUACAGCAUUUCUCUUUCUCUGUCUGGCUUAUUUCACUUAGCA